AAAACGUCACUUUAAGGCGACUGUCCCACCCCUGUUCUAAAUAAAUCAAUAUCUUAGGAGUUUCCUUUAAUAUAAAGUCUAAUAAUUAUGAAUGAAUCCGAUUCGAAGAAAAUUAACUUCAAUAAAUCAACACUUUUUAGCUUAAAAGCGGAGCUGCUGAAAAAGCAAGAGGAGGUAAAAGGUAAAAAAAAUCUUCCACAGCACAAGAUAGAUAACUUUAAGCCUUCAAUAAAAACAACAGAUGGAAACCAAAGUGAAUUUAAGAAAGAAAAAAGAAGUCUUAGAGAUAAUCUCAAAGCUGUUGAUACCGAUGAAUUAGAAGCCUGUCGUAAGUCAAAGUUAGCAUUGGAGAAAAAAGCACAGCUGUAUGAUCAUUUAUCUGACGCCGUAGGGGAUUCAAAAUUAGAAUCACAAUUCUUAGUUGAUUUUAAAGAGAAGAAGCAACAGGAUACAAGUACAGCUGAAACAAAUCACACUGAAGAUAAUGAAACAGUUUCUACUACUCAUGAUGAAGGGGAUGAUGGUGAAUGGGUACAGUUUACAGACUGCUUGGGAAGAACACGGAAAUGUCUUAAAUCAGAUCUUGAUCUUUAUAAAAAGAGAGACGAGGAAUUACUGAAAGCAAUGCCAAGAAAACAAGGCAGUGUUGAUGACACAGAACCUCAGAUCACAGAACAACCAGAAAAAACGAUUUUGGUCCAGAAAACAAAUGACUAUCUCCAGUCUUUAAGAGACAAAUGGGAAGAAAAGGAGAAGGAGCUUCUAGCUAAAGACAAGGACAUCCAUUAUCAAGAUCUUUUGUUUGACGAGGCGAGAAUGCACGGUAUUGGAUAUUAUUCGUUCAGUACUGAUGAGACCGAACGACAGAAACAAAUGGCAGAGUUAAUGAAACGUCGUCAAGAAACAUUGCAAGCCCAACGGGAGGCCGAAGAGAUAAGGAAGAAGCGAGACGAGUUAGUAGCAGCUAGAGUUGCAGCCGCUAGAGCGAGGCAGAGAAUGAGGGCUGGAUUGCCCUCCGAGGACGCUGAAGACAGGAAAGACGCCUUCCUAGAAAGUCUAUUAGAAUUUUUGCAUGAAAAGAGAAACGAAGCAGACGCCAAAGCAAAAGAAGAGGAAAGAAAGCGUAAAGAGGAACUUGAAAAAGAGAGGCAAAAGAUCACAGAACAACCAGAAAAAACGAUUUUGGUCCAGAAAACAAAUGACUAUCUCCAGUCUUUAAGAGACAAAUGGGAAGAAAAGGAGAAGGAGCUUCUAGCUAAAGUCAAGGACAUCCAUUAUCAAGAUCUUUUGUUUGACGAGGCGAGAAAGACCGAACGACAGAAACAAAUGGCAGAGUUAAUGAAACGUCGUCAAGAAACAUUGCAAGCCCAACGGGAGGCCGAAGAGAUAAGGAAGAAGCGAGACAAGUUAGUAGCAGCUAGAGUUGCAGCCGCUAGAGCGAGGCAGAGAAUGAGGGCUGGAUUGCCCUCCGAGGACGCUGAAGGCAGGAAAGAAGCCUUCCUAGAAAGUCUAUUAGAAUUUUUGCAUGAAAUGAGAAAGGAAGCAGACGCCAAAGCAAAAGAAGAGGAAAGAAAGCGUAAAGAGGAACUUGAAAAAGAGAGGCAAAAGAUCACAGAACAACCAGAAAAAACGAUUUUGGUCCAGAAAACAAAUGACUAUCUCCAGUCUUUAAGAGACAAAUGGGAAGAAAAGGAGAAGGAGCUUCUAGCUAAAGUCAAGGACAUCCAUUAUCAAGAUCUUUUGUUUGACGAGGCGAGAAAGACCGAACGACAGAAACAAAUGGCAGAGUUAAUGAAACGUCGUCAAGAAACAUUGCAAGCCCAACGGGAGGCCGAAGAGAUAAGGAAGAAGCGAGACGAGUUAGUAGCAGCUAGAGUUGCAGCCGCUAGAGCGAGGCAGAGAAUGAGGGCUGGAUUGCCCUCCGAGGACGCUGAAGGCAGGAAAGAAGCCUUCCUAGAAAGUCUAUUAGAAUUUUUGCAUGAAAUGAGAAAGGAAGCAGACGCCAAAGCAAAAGAAGAGGAAAGAAAGCGUAAAGAGGAACUUGAAAAAGAGAGGCAAAAGAUCACAGAACAACCAGAAAAAACGAUUUUGGUCCAGAAAACAAAUGACUAUCUCCAGUCUUUAAGAGACAAAUGGGAAGAAAAGGAGAAGGAGCUUCUAGCUAAAGUCAAGGACAUCCAUUAUCAAGAUCUUUUGUUUGACGAGGCGAGAAAGACCGAACGACAGAAACAAAUGGCAGAUUUAAUGAAACGUCGUCAAGAAACAUUGCAAGCCCAACGGGAGGCCGAAGAGAUAAGGAAGAAGCGAGACGAGUUAGUAGCAGCUAGAGUUGCAGCCGCUAGAGCGAGGCAGAGAAUGAGGGCUGGAUUGCCCUCCGAGGACGCUGAAGACAGGAAAGACGCCUUCCUAGAAAGUCAAUUAGAAUUUUUGCAUGAAAAGAGAAACGAAGCAGACGCCAAAGCAAAAGAAGAGGAAAGAAAGCGUAAAGAGGAACUUGAAAAAGAGAGGCAAAAGGUACGUGAUAGCUACAUCCGUGAAUGGGAUUUGGGUAAAGAAGGAGUAGAAGGAGAUAUUAAAAAUUUUAAGGAAAUGACACAAGAAGAGUAUGUUGAGCAACAGAGAUCAAAACGUAUCGAAGAAUUUGCACCACCUACAAUGAACGACUCGUUGGCAAAGAGAUCCGAGUACCUUUUUGAUGCUCAUGGUAGUAAAAUACAUUCUGAGAAACCAAAGACAUGGUCUGAAGUAAGACAUGUAACUCCACCAGCACCCAUAAUAAGUGAUCAAAACGAUGAUGGUGCCAAAGGUCUAUUUUUCUCUUCAAAAAAGUGUGAGCAAACUGUUACAUAUAAAAACUUUAUUAAUACAGAGGAUACAACUCCCAUAGAAAAUGAGCUAAGCGAAGAUGAGGAUAUACAUUGCGAUGGACUGAAAAAUAGAAAACGAAAUGCAACUCAUACAGAAAUAGCACCUCCACCAACUAUUGAAUAUUAUGGUCCUAACCCUAAACAUCGUAAGGCCGAAAUCCCAUUUGAGUCAGAUAUCAGAGAAUCGUAUGCAAAAGGUACUAAAAGCUUAGAAUCUAAGUCAAGUGGUAUACAUUUACCAAAACAUUAUGAUUUUACAUUUGAUUAAAAUAAAAAUGGAUAUGGUGUGUGAA